AGCACCAGGCGGGCUGCGUGCCAUGGCCUGUGCCGGGCUGCUCGCUGUGUGUCUGCUCCGGGCCCCCGCGCCCCCUCCCCCACGGCCCCCUCCGCCCACCACCGGGCUCGCCGGACACGCACUCUUCCAGGACGUUUUCCGCAGAGCAGACAAGAAUGACGAUGGUAAGCUGUCCUUUGAGGAAUUCCAGAAUUACUUUGCUGACGGGGUUCUCAGCCCAGGGGAGCUGCAGGAGCUGUUCAGCGGCAUUGAAGGGCACCCCACUGACAAUUUAGAAACAGAGAAACUAUGUGACUACUUUUCAAAGCACCUGGGUGUCUAUCGGCCUGUGCUGGCUGCGCUGGAGACGCUGAACCGAGCUGUGCUUUCUGCCAUGGACACCACCAAGCUGGAAUAUGAGCAGGCCUCCAAGGUGGACCAGUUUAUGACACGCUUCUUGCUUCGGGAGACGACCAGCCAGCUCCAGGCUCUGCAAAACUCUCUGGAGGGGGCAUCGGACACCCUGGAGGCCCAAGCCCGUGGCCCAUCCUAUGACAGGACCUUGCCGGCCUGUGGGUCCAGAGUGUCAAAUGGAGAGAAUGUGGAAGUGCAGAGGAGGCCCCGUGGCAGCCGGCGGGCAGGACGAAGGGCCCUAAGGAGUGUCAGCUGGUCACCCACCUGUUCUCCUGGCUCUUCUGAUAUAGGGCAGAGCUCAGAGGCUGUGAUGCAGUGGCGGCUCCAGGUCAACCGUCUUCAGGAGCUCAUAGACCAGCUCGAAUGCAAGGCUCCCCGGCUGGAACCUCUGCAUGAAGAGGACCUUUUCAAGGGUCCUGACUCGUACAUUCUUGUGGCCCAGCGGCAGGUGCAGGUAACCAAAGGCGCCCUGCAGGAUUUCCACCGAGCCCUUUGCUGCUACGUGGACUUCACUAGGGCCCAGAGCCAUUGUCUGCAUGUGUCUGCCCAUAAGAUGCUGGACAACACCUCUUAUACCCUAUAUGAGUUCUGGCAGGAUGAAGCCUCCUGGAGAAGGCACCAGCAAGCACCCAGCAGCAAGGCAUUCCAGCGCAUCCUCAUUGACCACCUGCGUGCCCCGGACACUCUCACCACCAUGUUCUUCCCAGGCUCUUGGUGGAUCAUGAAUAACAACUGAGCCUGACCUGCUUAUACCAAGGACCUGGAAGGCCCUGCUCGUCUCCUUCUACAUUGGUGACCUCAGCGCCAAGAGCAAGGACCCUGCUGCCUCCUAGCCCUGGGCCUGGCCAGCUGGGAGAGGGGCUCAGCCCAGGGCUCAGGGACUGGGCUAGCUAGUUAUUUAUUUAUUUAUUUAUUUAUUUAUUU